GGUGACAGAGUAAAUGACGAAAUAUAAAAAUGUUCUGAUAGCUACUGGAAUUAUUGUUCUUGGAUACCUUCUACGACAUGCUUUGAAGCAAAAGUUUCACAUCCCACUAAAAUCUACUCCUAAUAACAUUGCUCUCAACAUAACACUUAUAAGCACCAACGAUUUACACAGCUCAUUCAGUGGAUUGGGUUUAAGGUCCUACCCUGAGCAGAUAAGUGGAGGAUAUAGCAGACUUGUUACACUGAUAGACUCAGUAAGAUCAAAAAAGAUCGAAGAGGAUGACAUUGUUUUGACAUUGGAUGCUGGAGAUUGGUAUUCUGGAAGCUUGUUUGAUCAUAUAGGAGCUGACACAAGAACUUCUUCAGUGCCUCAAAUGCAAUUUUUUGAUGCUGCUCAGUUUGAUGCAAUAAUAUUUGGAAAUCAUGACUUUGACCGAUAUGAAAUUGCAUUAUUUGCCAUGUUGGACAAAGCUCUGAAAUUGCACCUGAAUAUUAAUGUAAUUGUAUCCAAUCUUCUGACUUUAUCAAUGGAAAGUAAAUUUCAGCAGUUCUACGAUCCUACUUCAACUGUUAGAUUCCUGCCUUAUCUGAUCAAAGAAACCAGUCGUGGAAAGGUGGGCGUCCUUGGUUACAUAACACCAGAUGCCUUAUUUGUAAGUAAUGACUACCGUGACGAAUUGCAGUUUCUGGGAUACUCCCAUAAAGACGGUAUUCAAUAUGAUAAACUCUUAGAACUCGCUGCUGAGCAAUCUGAAAUGUUAAAGAAAGAACUGAAAUGUGAUGUUGUUGUGGCAGUUAUUCAUGGUGGUCACAAAGAUAAGGAGGAUAUCGGUUUUCUUAAUCUGCCCAAUAUAGAUGUAGUACUUGGAGGACACUCCCAUGAGUCAUAUUUGCAUGCUUCAGAUGAUUCAUCUCUUAGCAGUCAGUGUGGUUUUGGGGGAAUGUCACUCACUGCGUUAAGUUUUGGGGUGGACUCUGACAAAGAGCUCCACUUUAGAGGAGUAGAUGACGAAUACCAACAAUUUGUCGACAAAGAGUAUCCUCAGUGCAUCAAAGUCAGCAGUAAGUUCACGUCUGAUGUGGCUUUUGAGCAAAAAGUUAAUCUCUGGAAAGGAGAAAUCAACAAUUUGCUUGAUGUGGAAAUGGAUAAGGUUGUUUUCCAAGGAGAUUUAUCAUCGCUUCUACAACUGUCGAUGUCCCAUGCUGAGAUGGCAAUUUCAUUUGCUCACAUGCUGGUCAGUGAGUUUAACAAAUGGGGGGCAAUAAAGAAGCCAGACUCAGAUCCAGUCAUCGCUACUUUCUGGAACAGAGAGUUUUUUGAAAUAGACGAGCUGACCCAGUCCAUGUCAGAUGUGGCUAUAACUUAUGAUGAUGCAUACAACCUAAUAUUUUUCCCUGCCCUUAAAGAUCUGUACACUUGUUACAUGACAAAAGAGGAGCUGUAUUACAUCCUGCAAGGAACAUUUAUUGUAAGAAAACUUGUCAGCCCCCUAUUGUAUAUUGAUGCUGGAGGUAUCGUGUACACCGAAUCAAAUUACUUUGGCAUACCUUUUAUUACUGAUCUUAAAACAGUUGAUGGUUUGGAAUAUUCAGAUUGGCCUCCAAUGGUUAAGGUCCUUGCUAAUUCCAUUUCUGCCCCUUAUUUGUGGAAAAUUGAUACGUGGACCAGAGGGUUUAUACAAAAUUUUCCAAAAGAUAAGAUUGGAAAUCCGAUGCUGAUGGAUGAAGGAUUAGAGGUGAACUCGCCAAAAGAACUGGGCUUGUUUAUAAAUUAUCUUGGUAGCCUCAAUGAGACCUUAGCUUGAACAUUCGUGUGCUCUCAAACAUUCAACUGAUUUGUGAUUAAAUAGGCUCAUUUAGUUAAAAUAGUCUCUUGAGUUCUAGUGCUUUGAUGGCACAAAAAAUCAGUCAAGGUGCAAUACUACAAUAUCCUUAUCAUAUCCGAUCACUUUUAUUUAUUAAUUUUUUGAUUUAUUUUAUGUUAAAAUUUAUGCAUGAUUUUACCUGAAAUCCUUUACUGCUUGCUCUGUGUUAUUUAUCAUAUCAUACACUUUCAUACAAUAAACCCAUAAUUUUCUGACUAACAUGAUGAAAACAAAAGUUGCAUGGGCAGCUAAAUGUAGGAACCUUUUACAUUUGUUUACGAAUAAAACCAGUUAUUUGGGGACCUGGUCAAUCAAAAGCCAGUUCAUCAAAGAUCGGUAAAUUGUGGCUUUACUCUACGUUACCUGCUUGAAUACUUUCAUUUAUAAAGAGUAACGCCAUUUUUGAAAGUGAGGAGUGUUAGGACUCCUUCAACUACAUUAAAUCAAUUCCUUCUGUAACAUCCUGAAUAAAUAUAGUUACGAAAACAAAAUUUACUAAACAUUUUAAAACAUUACUGAACACCAAAGUUAUAUUACUAAUGCGAAGAUACAACAAGACCAAAUAAUAAUAAAUCAAAACAAAUAUCAACAUAAUAUAACAUUUAUUAUAUUAUGCUAUUUUGUAAUACGGUAAUAUCACACAUUUG